AUGAAAAGAAACUUCAAGCCUAAGAAUCUAUACACUAAUGUUGAGCAAUUGCUUUUCUUAACACCCCUUCAAAAGGCCAGGCGAGCCCUGCGCCUGGCCCUGAAGAAAGCAGCUCAAGACUUGUUUGUUCAGAAUUCACCAAAACACUUUUGUAAUCUUAAGUUUGAAUGUGAAGAUUCUCAAGAUGAUUACUGUGAAGAUGAAGAAAAUAUUGAAUUUGAUUGGUUAAUGACUAAUGAUGCAAGUACAGAUAAAGCGCUACCUGAACCAGCUAAUGUCCCAGCUCCUCAAAACGAAACCAUCAUACCUGAAGAGACUACUACAUACAGGGACACACCUCAGGAUAGCCUGAUGAAUUUUACUGAUGAAACAUGCCAACAAAGUGGUGACAACUUCCCAGCACAGUUUCUCAGUAUGCCUGAUCUUGAUCCUGAACCUUCUGGGGACAACUCUGGUGUUGAAUUGUUGGCUGUUUUUAAUAUAGACAAUGACACAGACCAAGGAAUAGAAAGUAAAAUGGAAGUUAAAGAGAUUGAUCAUAAUUCACUCAAUUGUGUGCUGCCAUCAAUCAGUAAUGAUCAUAUUGAUGAUGUCUCUAUGUCAAUGGCUGAAAAGGACAAUGAAAAUUCUGAUCACUACCAUGGUGAAUGGGACCAAAUGUUCAAUGAUAUGAUUACCAGAGGACCCAAUCAAGAAUGUGGAUCCGAUUUAAAAGAACUGUAUUCUCAAAUCUCUAAAACUAUUGACUUGCUUAAUUCUUAA